AUGGCUCCAAAAAAAGGUGGCAAGAAGAAGAAAUCACCUAAAGCACCGACCAUCAUUGAUGGUCGUCCAGCUGCUGAGAUGACAAAAGAAGAAUUAGAAGAACAUUUAGGUCGUAUACGUGAAGAACUUGAUCGUGAACGUGAAGAAAGAAAUUAUUUUCAACUUGAGCGUGAUCGUAUCAGUACAUUUUGGGAAAUAACAAAACGACAACUUGAAGAAAAAAAAGCUGAAUUACGUAACAAAGAUCGAGAAUUAGAAGAUGCAGAAGAACAACAUCAAGCCGAGAUUAAAGUUUACAAACAAAAAGUAAAACAUUUACUUUAUGAACAACAAAAUAAUAUUGCCGAAUUAAAAGCUGAAACUAUUGCUGAAUUAAAAGUAGCACAAGAAGGUCAUAAUGAAGCCGAAAAUUCAAUGUGGAAAGAAAAACGAGAACUUAAAGUACAAAUGAAAGAUCAAGAAUUAGCUCAACAAGAAGUUGUACGAAAUUUGAAAAAGUCCAAUGAAACAUAUGUAUCAAAAUUACGUGAUGAUUUUCUUCGACAAGCUCGUGAAAUCGAAGAAAAAUAUGAGAAAAAAUUACGUGAUUUACGUGAAGAAAUGGAAUUACGUCGUAAAACUGAAAUACAUGAAAUUGAAGAACGAAAAAAUCAACAAAUUAAUGAUCUUUUACGUAAUCAUGAAAAAGCAUUUAGUGAUAUAAAAAAUUAUUAUAAUGAUAUUACAUUAAAUAAUCUUAAUUUAAUUAAUACACUUAAAAAUGAAAUUGAAAAGAAAAAACAAGAAGAAGAACGAUUAGAAAAACGUAUGUCAGAGCUUGAAAAUGAAAAUCGAAAAAUGCGUGAACCACUUGAAGCAGCAAGAAAAGAAACUGAAGAAUUAAGACGACGAGCAGAAAAUUAUGAAAAAAUUAAAAGUUUAUAUGAAAGUAAGAAAACUCAAUUGAAAAGUUGUGAAGGUGAUUUAAAAAAUUCGAAAUGGGAAUAUGAAGUUUUAUUACAACGAUUUGAAAUUAUUCAAAAAGAACGUGAUGAUCUUUAUAAUAAAUUUAUUAAAGCUAUUAAUGAAGUUCAACAAAAGAGUAGUUUAAAGAAUUUAUUAUUAGAAAAGAAAUUAUCUACGUUGGCUGAUAGUCUUGAAAAGAAAGAAGCUCAAUUAAAUGAAGUAUUAUCGGCAUCCAAUCUUGAUCCAGCAUCAUUAUCAGUUGUUACACGAAAACUUGAAGAAGUACUUGAUGCUAAAAAUACAUCGAUUCGUGAUUUACAAUAUGAAUUGGCUCGUGUUUGUAAAGCUCAUAAUGAUAUAUUAAGAACAUAUGAAGCUAAAUUACGACAAUUUGGUAUUCCGAUUGAAGAAAUUGGUUUUAAACCAUUAGAGAGUACAGUAGCUGGUCAACAAUUAGGUCGAGGUGUUGCUGGUCUUGUAACAAGUCCACCAUAA